AUGGGUGAUUACAAUUCAACUGCUUGUGGUGAUGGUCUCUUUGGACCCAACGUUUGGACUGAGGGAUGUCGCGGUGGAUUCGACUUUACUUUGUCCUUCCAAGAGAGUAUCCUCAGUAUAGCUCCAUCUGCCGUGUUUCUUGCAAUUGCUGGUCCUCGAGCAUACUAUCUUCUCAAGACCCCAGACAAGGCAAAGCGUCACGCGACUUAUACGCCCAAACUUAUUACAUCGGCUACGUAUGCAGUUUUGCAGGUCGUCCUAUUAGCCUUGGUACCCUCCACAAAGAAGCUCAACACACGCUUCUCCCUCGCUGCGGCCAUACUUGACCUUCUAGCUUCCUUUUCAAUUGUUCUGUUAACCCACGUGGAGCAUGUCAAGUCUGUCCGACCAUCAUUCGUGCUAACAGCAUAUCUUUUUGUUACGCUGCUAUUUGACGCCGCACGACUACGCACAGAAUGGCUCCUGUCGCUCAAUAUCGCCUAUGCCGCAACUUUAUCUGCUUCGGCCGUUUUCAAGCUAGCAUUAUUGGUCCUGGAGACGGUUGAAAAGCGAAAAAUCCUGAUUUCCAGCGACAAACCCAUCUCCAACGAGAGUACAAGUGGACCUUUUAGUCGUGGUUUCUUUGUCUGGUUGAAUUCGUUACUCAUCUCCGGUUGGGCUACAGUGUUGACCAACAAUGACUUGCCUACAAUCUAUGAGAAACUAUCAUCAGAUAAGCUUGCAGUCAGGUUUGGCAAAGCUUGGAAGAAAGCAUCUUCAUCGAGUAAGAAGCCGUCCCUUUUCAAGACGACUGUCAGUGUUUUGAGAUGGGAGCUUUUGGGCAUUAUACCACCUCGUAUCGGAAUGAUUGCUUUGAGCAUCUCUCAGCCUUUUCUCGUCAGCAAUGCGCUUCGGUUCUUGACUAUGCCUGCAUCCGAGUCUACUACCAAUUUGGGCUAUGGCUUGAUUGGCGCCUUUGCUUUUGUCUUUAUCGGCUCUGCGAUACUCACAGCUUGGUAUGAGCAUUUGACCUUCAGGGCCGGUGCCAUGGUUCGUGGCGGUCUCAUCACCAUGAUUUACAGCAAGGUGAUGAAGCUUCCCAUAGACGACCUUGCUGAGUCUUCAGCUGUGACGCUUAUGGGGAAUGAUGUCGAGACACUUAUCGAGAAGCUUCACUUCCUACUGGUAGAGUCCUGGGCAAACACUCUCACUGUAGCCAUUGCCAUGUACAUGUUGGCGGCCCAACUCGGCGCUGUUUGCGUUGCGCCCAUUGUCACAGGAAUUAUUUGUUUGUUCCUUACAGGUUCAAUUGGAAAGAUGAUGGUUUCACGCCAGAUCAGGUAUCAAAAGGCUACCCAGGACCGCAUCAACCUCACCAACGAAGUCCUUAGCUCUAUGAAACCAGUCAAGAUGCUCGGACUAUCAGAGAGAUUUCAGAGUCUCAUUUCCCAAAAGCGGGAUGAGGAAAUCAGUACAGGAAAGCACUAUCGUCUGAUUAAUGUUUACCUCAACAUGAUCACAAACUGCAAUAUUGGUAUGACCGAAGCCAUUACAUUUGGAGCAUACGCCAUCGCAGCAAAACUUGGGAACGGCGAGCCCUUCUCUGCAGCACAAGCUAUUACAGCUUUGUCAAUCCUAGGCGUCAUGAUGGAUCCCCUCUCACAUCUUCUUGGAAGCAUUCCUGGAUCUUUCUCGGUCUUUGGCUGUUUCACAAGAAUGGAGGAUUUCCUCGAAUUGGAAGAAAGAGUUGAUCGUCGUCAGAUUCAAGGUCGUUAUAAAGGAGCCUCUAGGUCGUUUCAGGAAAGCUCGCGGCCUUUGCAGGAAGCUUUCCAACCAACAGCUAUGAAAGAAAUGCAGGUCGGGGCUGACGGAAGCAGAAUUUUAAUAGCGGACGGUAACUUCAACUGGGGUGAAAAAGCAGUUCUUCGGGAUAUCAACACUUCUUUUCCGGACCACGGGGAUGGGUCUCUUACUAUGCUGGUUGGACCGGUUGGCUCGGGAAAAUCCAGUUUACUAAAGGCCAUAUUGGGCGAAACAACGUCUUCUAAUGGCAGUGUCUCCUUGAAUGCGCCAGAAGUGGCUUUUUGUGAUCAGACUCCCUGGGUUAUGAACGCUACUAUCCGCGCCAACAUCAUCGCAGAGUCCAAGGGAUAUGACAGCGCCUGGUUCGACACAGUUGUUAGUGCUUGUGAUUUGACCAUCGACCUGGGACGACUUCCUGAAGGGGAUCUCACUCAGGUUGGUGAGCAGGGUGUCAAAUUGAGUGGGGGACAGAAGCAGAGAAUCGCCAUCGCCCGUGCAGUGUACUCGAGGAAACAUAUUGCCAUUUUUGACGAUGUUUUCAGUGGCCUUGAUAAGGUUACCGAGCAGAUCAUAUUUACUCAAGUCUUUGGAAAGGAUGGCCUUCUUCGAAAGAACGGAACCACCAUUAUCUUGGCUACCCACGCCGUGAACAGACUGCCUGAGUCCGAUUUUGUGGUUGUUCUUGACAAGGGCGGAAAACUCGUCGAACAAGGCACAUAUUCCGAACUUCGAUCUGGAGAUGGAUAUAUUCACAACCUCGACAUCUCGAACCACGAUGAACACGAUGGCCGAACUCAGACUGAGUCUCAGAACGAAUCUGAGAAGGAUAAAACUGGCACAAAGGCUCAAGCACAAGACGUAAACCCUAUUGAGGUCCCCAGUGACAGAAGCGUUUUUAUGUACUACUUCAACUCCAACGGAUUGCACAACAUGAUCCUACAAGCACUCCUCAUUGCCAGCGCAGGAGUCUUGACAGCAUUUCGAUAUGUUUGGGUCACUUGGUGGGGUGAUGGAAAGGGACGUGACAGUACAGACGUUGCAUACUGGCUCAGUAUCUAUGCGGUCAUGUCCCUCUUUGAAGGAUUGCUUAUUACGGCUGCUAUUGCAAUGUUCCUCCUGGUUUGUGCGCCUAUUAGUGGAAAAGUGCUGCAUUCACGACUCUUGAAGGCUGCUAUAAGCGCACCUUUGUCAUUUCUCAACAAUAGCGAAGCGGGUUCCCUUAUCAACAGAUUCAGUCAGGACUUGCGCUAUGUCGACAUUAUUCUCCCCAUAGCUUGUUCCGUCUUCCUCUUUGAAGUCGCUGCUUGCUUCGGUGCUGCUGGUUUGGCUAUGGCAGCCGUGAGUUGGUUUGCUAUCUCAAUUCCUUUUGUUAUAGCAAUUCUGGUACUUAUCCAGCGUUUCUACGUCCGAACUUCUAAACAGCUUCGUCUCUUAGAAAUUGAGCAUAAAGCUCCUCUUUUUUCGCAUUUUCUUGAGACCAUCAACGGUCUCGCCACUAUUCGUGCUUUCGGCUGGACGCAACCGUACACUGACAAGGUUCUUACUCUCAUUGACGAUGCUCAGAAGCCAUCUUACUUGCUCAACUGUAUUCAGCGAUGGCUUACUCUGGUUCUGGAUAUGGUUGUCGCAUUUUUGACGAUUAUCCUUGUCAUCUUUGCCGUCACGCUUCGCGAAAAGAUUAACCCUUCGCUUCUAGGCAUUGCACUGGUCAACAUGAUGAGACUUGGUACCAACAUGAAGGGCAUUGUUCUCAACUGGUCAAUCCUUGAGACUUCAUUAGGUGCUAUUGCGCGUAUUCGCAUGUUUUGCUCUUCUGCGCCCAGCGAGGAGAAACCAGAGGAAAGCAACAAUCCAGGAGACUAUUGGCCGAGAGAAGGGGGUCUGGAAGUCAAGAAUGCAGAUGUUCAAUAUGAACACACAACUGAGCCUGUGCUACGCGGUCUUUCAUUCAGCCUCAAGCCUGGUGAGAAACUCGGUAUAUGUGGUCGAAGCGGCAGUGGAAAGAGCUCUUUCGUCCAAGCCUUACUCCGAAUGGCUGAAGUCGUUCAUGGUCAGAUCACUCUUGAUGGGGAGGAUAUCUCUGUUAUACCCAGACAUCUCAUCCGCCAACGCUUGAGCUGCUUGACCCAGGAUCCUUUCGUCUUUGGAGAUAGCAUUAGAGCUAACCUCGACCCUUGCAACGUAUCAUCAGACGACGAGAUUAGAAACGCACUAGAGCGUGUGGGGAUUUUGUCCUUUAUCCAAGCCAAGAUUGACAACGACCAAGAAUUCCUUGAUGAGAAGAUGGACGAGAACUUUUUGUCUCAUGGCCAACGUCAAUUGUUCUGCCUCGCAAGAGCUCUUCUUAAGAAAAGCUCCUUGCUCAUCCUCGACGAGCCAACAAGCAGCGUCGAUACACAGACAGACGCCAGGAUGCAGGAAGUCAUUCGCACGGAAUUCUCAGAUUGUACCAUCAUCAUGAUCGCCCAUCGUAUUGAUACGUUGCUUGACUUUGACAAGGUUGCUGUUCUUGACAGGGGCUCUUUGGCGGAGUUUGGAGCACCACAGGAGUUGUUGACGGAUACUGGUGGUGCUUUUACUAAAUUGUAUCAUGCUAACAAAGGGAGGAAGACAGAGGGCUAG